CUGAGAAUACCCACAUGUCAUGCAUGUCACUUUCAAAACACUCCAAGCUCACAAAGUCAUGUUUUUCUGAUGUGACAUGGGUCGAUUUCUGUUGUGUUUCUCUUAUAUCGGUACCAGGUACUGUGGUUUGCAGAGACAACAUGGAGUGCUGAAUCCCCGGACAGGACGAAAGUCAGAUAGAGUCAAGACUGUAAUUGGAACCAUUGAGGAUGCACUUCUUGGGUUUCGCCCGAAAGACGUGAGGGUCGUAACUUCCAGUCGGACCGACAGUGGGGUCCACGCCUUGUGUAACACGGCACACGUUGAUCUGAUACCAAGUUCAUCAAGGGCUUUCAGUGAAUAUGACCCAGAGUUCCUGUGUAUUGCCAUGAACAAGCGUUUCUCUAAGACUAAUGAGCCAAUUAGGAUGGUAGAGAUUCGCCGGGUUGCAGACAACUUUCACGCUCGAUUCUUAGCAAAGAAUCGUAAAUACUGCUACAGGUUAGCGCUAUAUGAUGAUGAUGCUUUUGAUUCGAAUACGAUACCAUUGUCUGCCUUCGAUAGGGAAAGAGUCUGCGUAGUGAGCAACAGGGUGGAUAUGAAGAAGGUCAAAGAAGGGGCAAAAUUUCUCAGCGGAACCACGAACUAUUUGUCAUUCACGUCGCAGAGAUAUUUCAAAGACUAUAUCGAUCCUGUGAAAACGUUAAAUAUCGAAAUCAAGCCUGGUAAUUUAUGGAUGGAAGACUUCAAUUAUUUUGCCAGGGAUAAGUUCAAGUGUUAUGACCUCAUAUUCACGGGGAAUUCGUUCAUGUAUCGUAUGGUUCGUAAACUGAUGACUUGUCUGCUGAAUAUUGGUCGCGGUCACCUGACCUUGGAAAGGGUUCAGGAGAUCUUAGACAAUCCCGAGACGUCGUGGGAUGAUCAUCAUAUUCGGCCGUCGCCAUCGUACGCCUUGUAUCUAUUAAACGUGGAAUAUGAUAAAAAAGAUUUGCUCUACAGCCCAGAAUGCCCACGACUGUACCUCUCGCAAGUCGAAAAACAGUAUCACAACGCCAUAUUUGGAUUAUCGAAAACGCUGGAAGCUUACGGUGACCAGAACUCCAACUCUAAAAAAGGACGUCCAUGUGCAGACAUGGAUGCCAUGAAAAGACAACAUAUAGAUGAGGAAUAUAAAGACUUAUAUGCUGCUCGAUAUUUGGAUUAUCUGAACAAGGGCAAAAGCAGAUGAUGAAGGGUCUUUUAGAAAGUCAUCAUUUUCAACACUUCAUUCUCUAGUUUCCUCGAGUUAUGCCUGCAGUAAAUUGUUGAACCUUAGAGUAAAAAUUACCCUUUUACUGCCAACUGCAACUGGUCUAACAAGGCCUUGUUUGCUUAUUGCUUCUUACAAUCUUCGAUGGAUUUUUCACGAACAAGGAUUGUUCGAGGUAUGCUAGAAAUGUAAAAAAUCUCAAAUUGUGCCACAUCCUUUCAAAUGUGUGCAUGGAAUAGCGCCUGGCUACUUGUCAAGCCUGGUCAAUAUCCAUAGGCCAGGAAGAGACCUUUGGUCGGCUGAUGACAAUAGACUAGUACUUCCAAGGGCCUGGAGCAAAUAUGGGGAGCGCUGCUUCUCAUUCUCCGCAGCUGUUUUGUGGAAUGGGCUCCCUUUUGAGGUCUGGCAGGCAAAGAGCCUUGCAUCAUUUCAAACGUUGCUCAAGACCCAUCUUUUUUCGACUGUAAUUUUGUUAUAAAUAUUGUAAAAGCGCCUUUGAAUGGAUUUAAUCUGAAAAGGGCACUUAAAUUUAAAUAUGGUAUAUACAUACAUACAUACAUACACUGCCUGACACAAGCGUAAUGAUUGUGUUGGCAGCAAAAGGGUUAAAAAUAUCUGUAGGAAUCCAGGAAGGAAUGUUUUUGUGUCGGUGUCUCUAAUAAAUGCAUUUUGA